CGACAGCGACGGCUGGGGAGAGUGAGACAAGGAAGCGUCUGCUGCUGGAGCCAAUGCCGCCCUUUGGCUCUCCGGGAGGAGUGUCCCUGCCCGGAUGAGUGUCCGCCGUGUGUCCCCGACUGUCCCCCGGUUGGAGCGCGGCUCGGAAGAUCGCGGCUGCUUUGCCUGGAUCGGUAGGAUGUGGUGAAAGGAUGGGGCUUUUCCCUCUGGAGAUUCACAAUGGCCAGAGAAGAUUCCGUGAAGUGUUUGCGCUGUUUGCUCUACGCCCUCAACCUGCUCUUUUGGUUAAUGUCCAUCAGUGUCUUGGCCGUUUCUGCUUGGAUGAGGGACUACCUGAAUAAUGUAUUGACUUUAACUGCAGAAACAAGGGUAGAAGAGGCGGUCAUCUUGACUUACUUCCCUGUGGUCCACCCAGUCAUGAUUGCUGUUUGCUGUUUCCUUAUCAUCGUGGGAAUGCUGGGAUAUUGUGGAACAGUGAAAAGAAAUCUGUUGCUUCUUGCAUGGUACUUUGGAACUUUACUGGUCAUCUUCUGUGUAGAACUGGCUUGUGGUGUGUGGACGUACGAGCAGGAGGUUAUGGUGCCAGUACAGUGGUCAGAUAUGGUUACUUUGAAAGCCAGAAUGACAAAUUAUGGCUUACCCAGGUAUAGAUGGCUUACACAUGCUUGGAAUUUUUUUCAGCGAGAGUUUAAGUGCUGUGGAGUAGUGUACUUCACCGACUGGCUGGAAAUGACAGAGAUGGACUGGCCUCCAGAUUCCUGCUGUGUUAGGGAAUUCCCAGGAUGCUCCAAGCAGGCCCACCAGGAAGAUCUCAGUGACCUUUACCAAGAGGGCUGUGGAAAGAAAAUGUAUUCCUUUUUGAGAGGAACCAAACAAUUGCAAGUGCUAAGGUUUCUGGGGAUCUCCAUUGGUGUGACGCAGAUCCUGGCCAUGAUUCUUACCAUUACUCUACUCUGGGCUCUAUAUUAUGAUCGAAGGGAGCCCGGGACAGACCAGAUGCUGUCUCUGAAGAACGAGGCUUCCCAGCACCUACCAUGCCACUCUGUGGAACUGUUAAAGCCAAGCCUUCCCAGGAUCUUUGAGCACGCGUCCGUGGCCAGCAGCUUCAGCACACACUUCGAGAUGGAGGAACUAUGAGGAAUGCCAAAGAAGGAAGUCACGAAGUUGUGGCAUUAGUGAGUUCUGGGUACACAGUUACCUGUUUCAAAAAUUUUCAAACACAGGGAUAUUCUUCAAAAGAAUGUCUAAGCACAUAAUUUCUGCUCUUUCAAACAAAGAAACGUUUGCAGCAGGCUUUCAGACUGUCAGCCCCCCAGGUCAGGACACAGAGAGUUAUUAGUUAUGAAUGCUCUGCCUCAUUAUAUACUUGUCUCACUAGCUCUUAUAAUUUAAUUUAAACUGUUUGACUCUUUCUCUUCCUUUCAUUCUGUAUGUCCUACUUUUCCAGCUUCUUCUGUGGCUGACUGGCCCUGGGCAUCUCCCUCUCUUUCUCUCUCCUUCUCUCUUCUCUUCUCUCUCAAGACUGGAUUUCUCUGUUUAUUCCCUCUGCCCACCAGUCUUGCCUACCCCCCCCCCGCCCAGCUAUUUGCUCUUUAACUUUUCAUUAGGUCAACCAGGUGUCUGAGGCAGGCAAAGCAACACAUCUUUACAUAAACCAAUGCUCCUUUACAUGGUUAAAGUAAUAUUCUAGAACAAAGGUUCUGCAUGUUAACACACAGACAGUAACUGAUGCCCUUGGAAACCAUGAGGAUAGCUUUAAGAAGCACUGUGUGUGUUUUCUUUUCUUUCUUUUUUUUUUUUUUUUUUGAGCACAAUGAUGUUUGGAGGUAGCACAGUUUGGCCAGCCAGCAUUUCUGCAGGCAGUUGUGGACAUGACCCAUUCAUGGUGGCACUGGAGCUGCUGUGAAGGGUACCUAACUUCCUCUGGCUAGCCUAGAAACUGUCAGCUGUCUGCUAACAUAGGAAUUUAGUCAGUACUAAUGACCUUUAUUACCUGAUGAUGUAUUGCUUUGAGGAUGAUUCGAUUAUAUAUAAAAACCUUUCAAGAUUGGUGACUACCUAAAUAUGAUUUUUGUUGGUUACUAAAAUAAUCUUAUUAAUAAUACUUGUAAGAGCUAACACAUUGUCUUAAACUUAUCAGGGAUAUAUAUAUAUAUAUAUAUAUAUAUAUAUAUAUAUAUAUAUAUAUGUCUGUGCUGUGUCUGUAUAAUUCAGUAGAUUUCAGUUCUUAUAAUGUUAUGAAUGGCAAUAUUUGAAAAUGAAAAUUUUGCCUUAUAUAGCAUCAUUACUUUUUGUCUUUUCCACCAUCAGAGCUUUUAAAUUCUGUCUUGGAUCUGUAUUACAUUCGUAACUGUUAAUUUAAGUCCUUAACCACUAAUUUUGGAAAUUACCAGUGUGAUACAUAAGAAUCAUUGUAACUCUGGCUGCAGGAAGGAUUAACUACGGAAUUUACACAUAGCUGAUUUAGCAGAAAUUCGGAUGCUCUUUUUCUCCCAAGUGGGGAUUCUUCUUGGCAAUAAAUGCUUUGUCAAGGAGCUUAUGUUUUCCUUUUGCAAAAUAGAAGCAACAGUCUUGAAGUCGAGGUAAUUUUGCAGAGAAACAACAUUAUCUGCAGAGAGGUGCUCAUGGGACUCUCUGAACUAAGUGAUAGAUUAACUAGAGGGAAGUUUUGCUUUUAUUUCACCAAUUAAUACACCGUGGCAAAUUACACAGAAUAUAAUUUUUUUUACAAAAGCAGAGGAUAUUUAUUUGAAAUGGGAAAAGUGCAUUUUACUGUAUUUUGUGUAUUGUGUUUAUUUCUUGGAUUAUGGAAAGAAAAUUAACACAGGUGUCAAUAAACAUUUUCUAGAGCAUGA